CCGUCGCGAUUCCUGUUGCUCCCUUGUGACUUCACCUUCUCGACACUACACAGCACCAUGCUGCCCAGCUUCUCGCGCUUUGCGGCUCGUUUCCUCGGCCCCCGCUUCGUCGCCCCGGCGAUGAAGGCCCCCACCGUCCCGACGGUGUCGCAGCUGUUCUUCAAUUCGACCGCUCGCCCGGCCGUCCCGUCGCUCAUGCAGUCGGCCGUGUCGCGGUUCACCGGUGCCAACGGCUCGGCCCUCCUUUCGCGGCCAACCAUGGCCGGUCUCCUGUCGCAGGGGUCCCCGCUGGCUGGCCAGCAGUCCAUGGCCGGUGCCAGCCUUGCCGUCCGCUUCCGGUCCUUCGGUAACGAGUAUCAGCCGAGCACUCGUCGCCGUAAGCGCAAGCACGGCUUCCUGGCUCGCAAGAGCACCCCCGGCGGCCUGCGCACUCUGGCUCGCCGCAAGAACCGCGGCCGCAAGAACAUGUCCCACUGAUGAGCCGGCUCUGGGUGCCGAGCUUUUCCCUCCUCCUUGCCCGUCCCCCCCCCCCCUCAUCUCUUU